AUGGCACAACCACCACAAAACCGAUACGUUCUAUCCCAACCAGUGUUCCGCGCACUGCUUGCUGCCCGACUGGUUUCUGCCAGUUUGGCGCCGAUCCUCGAUUGCGAUGAGGUCUUCAAUUACUGGGACCCCACGCACUACCUGACGCACGGAUUUGGACUACAAACGUGGGAGUAUUCGCCAGUCUAUGCCAUCCGCAGUUGGGCCUACGCCGGGCUCCACGCGCUUAUUCUUGAAACAGGCCGCCACGUGUUUGUACCGAUCCUGGCGAAGUUUGGCGGUUCCGAUGGAGCCGCAGAGUCUGUGGCAUUAUUCUACUUUCUUCGUAGUGUCUUUGCCAUCGUCGCAGCCAUCGCAGACACUAAAUUAUACCUUACAAUCAAGGAACAUAUCGACCCGGUAAUGCUCCCGGAAAAACAGGACUGGUACGACGUCUUGGCUAGCCCGUCGUCGAUUUACACAGUACUUACACUUACAGCAACUGCCAUGUUCCACGCAUCGGUUGCAUACCUGCCCUCAUCGUUUGCUAUGGUCUGCACCACGUUUUCCUUGGUUUACCUGGUCCGCUAUGUCACUUCAAGCGACUCUGCCGAUCUUGCAAAGGCUGCAGGUCGUGGGCUUUCCUGGAUUGCUGUUGGUGCCAUUGUUGGCUGGCCAUUUGCGCUGGCCAUUGGUGGUGUUUGGGCUGUGCAUGUAGCACUUGGCUGGCUCACGUUUGGCUGGCCCAUUUCUAACCACUUUUCCCAGUUUCUUCCAGCAGUCGUGCGGCCCGCUCUCAAAGUGGUCGUGCCCAUCACCGCUGCCAUUGUGGCUAUUGAUUCUUACCUCUACGGCAAGCUGACAAUUGUACCAUGGAACAUUGUGGCAUAUAAUGUUCUACAAGCAGACGCCACAUCCGGGCCAGACAUUUUCGGAACAGAGCCGUGGCACUAUUACCUGCAAAACCUUGCGCUCAACUUGAACUUUGGUCUUCUCUUUGCUCUGGUAUCGCCACUGGCUGUUCUUCUCAAUAAACCUAACCGGCCAGUCCGCUGGGCGCUUCUCCUGGCGCCGUCAUUUAUAUGGCUUGCCAUCUUUACCGCGCAGCCACACAAGGAAGAACGGUUCAUGUAUGUGUCAUAUUCUUCGUUUCUUCUAAAUGCCGCCAUUGGUUUGUCCUCCAUCAUCAGUUUCAUUUCCAGAAUAGUCCCAAUGUCCAAGUUACUUGUCAAAACCAGUCUUGUUUUUAUCGGAUUGACUGCCUUUAUUCUUGUUUCCGUUUCCCGGUCGGCUGCCUUGGCCACGUAUUACCGUGCGCCCGUGGAAAUCUUUUCCAAAGUAUCCACGCUCAAUGUUCAUAAACCAACCACGGUAUGUGUGGGACGCGAGUGGUACCGAUUCCCGUCGUCGUAUUUCUUGCAAGACAAUAUGCGGCUCAAGUUCAUCUCGAGCGGAUUCGAUGGAUUAUUGCCUGGAAGUUUCCGCGAAGAUAAUGGAUACAGUGGGAUCUGGGAGGUCCCGGAAGGCAUGAACAACCGUAACAAGCGCGACCCAGGCAAAAUCGUGCCAAUUUCAACGUGCAAUUAUGUGGUGGAUUCUACCUAUCCUGUGGAUUCCGAGGCUGGGGAAAUUAACUUUUCAAAUGAUACCGAUUGGCAACAAAUCGAGUGCUUUAAGAUGCUUGAUUCCGGAGCAUCUACAGGGAUCCAGCGGAUUUUGUACAUCCCGGAAGACCUCGAGCCUAUAGUCAACCAGCUCGCUCCCAGCAAUCUUGUGUGGACGGACUUGUGUCUCUAUAAACAAUUAAAUUAA